AUUUCAAUAUUUUCACGGUAAAAAAGUUUGGGACGUAAGAAUGCAUCUUAAGAAAAGUAUUUUUUAGCUUGUGAGGGAUAUUUGGUUACUGAAUAAUAUCAAGCUCAUAUGAUGUUAGUACAAAAAGCACUUAGUACAAAUAUAAAAUAAUUAAUAAAUGAUGUUAGCACAAAAAACUUCUUCUCUUUCGCAUGUUAUGCUAUACUCACUACGGGUACCUUCCAAAAUCUUCAAUGUCCACGAAACAUCGUUACAAACAUCAUUCAAAACUUGUUCCAAGCUACUCCACUCACUCAAACACGAACAUGAACACCACCUGUUCGACAAUAUGCCCCACCUAAAUGUUUCCUCAAUUAACCGUUCCAUGCUUAACUUCUUACACCAAAACCUUCCCUUUCAAGCUCUUUCAUUACUCAAGAAACACUUUCACUUUCAUUUGCUUCAAAAUGUUGAUGAGGUGACACUUGCAUUGUCCUUCAAGGCUUGUAAUGGAGAGUUCAAUUUGGGUUCCCAAAUCCACGGAUUCGCGGUGUCUACUGGGUUUGUUUCCCGUAUCGCCGUGUCGAACUCGCUUAUGAAAAUGUACUGUAAAGCUGAUAAAUUCAAAUGCGCUUUGCGUGUUUUCGAGAGUUUGAGUCAUCCUGAUAUUGUUUCUUGGAAUACUAUUCUUUCUGGGUUUGACAAGAGUGUAGAUGCGUUGAAUUUUGCGUGUUUUAUGCGUUUAAAUGGGAUAGUUUUUGAUCCUGUGACAUACACUACUGCUCUUUCCUUUUGUUGGGAUGAUGAUCUUGGGUUUUUAUUUGGGUUGCAAUUGCAUUCUCUUAUAGUUAAAUGUGGAUUUGGCUGUGAAGUUUUUAUAGGGAAUGCACUUGUGACAAUGUAUUCUAGGUUGGAGGAAUUAGAUGAUGCUAGGAGAGUGUUUGAUGAAAUGCCUAUAAGAGAUUUGGUUUCUUGGAAUGCGAUGCUUUCGGGGUAUGCUCAAGAAGGGGAGUGUUAUGGGUUGGAAGCUGUUUUGUUGUUUGUUAACAUGGUGAGACAAGGUAUGUUGCUUGACCAUGUUUCCUUUACGGGUGCGGUUUCUGCUUGUGGUUAUAUGAGAAACUUAGAGCUAGGGAAGCAAAUUCAUGGUUUGGCUCAAAAAGUUGGUUAUGGAACACAUGUUGCAGUUUGCAAUGUUUUGAUUUCGACUUAUUCAAAAUGUGACGUUGUUAGAGAUGCAAAGGAAGUUUUUUGGGUCAUGAGUAAUCGAAAUGUGGUGUCUUGGACGACAAUGAUUUCUAUUGAUGAAGAUGAUGCGGUGUCUCUCUUUAAUGCUAUGAGAAUUGAUGGUGUGUAUCCAAAUGAUGUUACAUUUAUAGGAUUAUUGCACGCUAUAACAAUCAGGAAUAUGGUGACAGAAGGUCUUAUGAUUCAUGGGUUAUGCAUAAAAAGUUGCUUUUCAUCAGAAAAAAAUGUCUCCAAUAGCCUUAUUACCAUGUAUGCUAAGUUUGAGUCCAUUCAAGAAUCAAAGAAGGUUUUUGAGGAGCUUAACUAUCAAGGAACAAUAUCAUGGAAUUCAUUAAUUUCAGGGUAUGCUCAAAAUGGCUUGUAUAAAGAAGCUUUCCUUACAUUUUUGUCUGCAAUAAAGGAAAUAAAGCCCAACCAAUACACAUUCGGUAGUGUGUUAAACACCAUUGCUGCAGCCGAGGAUAUAUCUUUGAAACACGGACAACGUUGCCAUUCUCACUUGAUCAAACUUGGUUUAAGCACCGACCCAUUUGUCGCUGGGGCUCUGCUUGACAUGUACGGCAAGCGUGGAAAUAUUAACGAGUCUCAAAGAGUAUUCAACGAGACGCCUGAAAAAACACAGUUUUCUUGGACAGGAAUGAUAUCUGCCUAUGCUCGACAUGGAGACUAUGAGUCGGUGAUGGGUUUAUAUAAGGAAAUGGAGAGGGAAAGUUGCAGUCCUGACUCCAUCACUUUCCUUUCUGUUUUGGCUGCAUGUUGUAGAAAAGGAAUGGUUGAUGUAGGCCAUAGAAUAUUUGACACGAUGGUGAAAAAACAUUCAAUUGAACCAACCCCCGAACAUUAUUCAAUUAUGGUGGACAUGCUGGGUCGUGUGGGACGACUAAAUGAGGCUGAAGAGUUGAUGCAUCGUAUUCCAGGCGGACCUGGACUAUCGGUGUUGCAAAGCUUGCUCGGGUCUUGUAGAUUACAUGGAAAUGUGGAGAUGGCAGAGAGGGUUGUUGAUAGUUUGAUUCAAAUGGACCCUGCAAGUUCAGGUCCAUAUGUGUUGAUGGCAAACUUGUAUGCUGCGAAAGGGAAUUGGGAGAAAGUUGCUCAAGUGAGAAAAGGGAUGAGAGGGAGGGGAGUGAAGAAGGAAGUUGGAUUUAGUUGGGUGGAUGUUGCAAAUGUUGAUUCCUUGCAUUUGCAUGGUUUCUCCUCAGGGGAUAAGUCACACCCUGAGUCUGAGACUAUUUGUAGAAUGGCAGAUUUUCUAGGAUUGCAAAUGAUGUUUUCAAAAGAUAGUGGAGUGAAGGAAGGUGAUAGUCGGUUACUCUGUACACAAACCUAGGUGACAUCAAUUGCGAAAUCUUCUGUGACGAGUUUCCUAAAACCUCCGAGAAUUCACCGCAAUAUUAAAGGUUUUAUGAUUCAAGGAGGGGACCCAACUGGUACUGACAAAGAGGGACUAGUAUAUGGGGGCAAGAAAUUCAACGAUGAGAUAAGAGAAUCUUUGAAGCAGAAUGCAAAGGGAAUAUUGUCAAUGGCUAACAGUGGUCCAAAUACUAAUGGAAGUCCGUUCUAAAUAAGUUAUGCUAAACAGCCACAUUUAAAUGGAUUUGAAGUUCUUGAUCUCAUGGAAAAGGUAUCUUCAUCGUCUUUUUUUUUUAUAUAUAUAAACAAAAUUGGGUUGAAGAGAAAAAUUGAGUUGAAAAGGUACCUCGGACUUGUAAGCUAUGUUUGCAUAUUUAUUUAAUUAAGAAGAAAAAAAAAAGUGGAUUGGUCAGUAUUAAAUGAAAUGGAUUUCAUUCCAUAUGUUUCAUCCUUUUUCAUCUUAUUUUUAACGAUCCAAUUAAGUGGGUCUUAUUGUGAUUUCAUUCUAUUUCAUCAAUUUAAACUAGCUCUGACAACACAGUGAAGGUGUAUUUUUUUUAGAGUCUCAUACUUGUGUAUUUUUGUUGUUACCAAUAUUCACUUAAAUGACUCAUCUAGAAUUCACUUGCAACAUGCACUCGGGUGGCAACCGGGGCAGGAGAUCGACCACUUGCAGAGAUAAGACUCAUAACUCUACAUUCUAAUCCACUUGCUGGUUAGACUAAAGUCUACUGCUUAUGUAAAAUUGAAGUUUCUAUUUUCCAAAACAAUUGAUCUAACUUCUAAAUAGAACAUAAUUCUUACAUGCCAGAUGAAUUGAGAUCUUCUGAUUUAAAGAUUUUUAUUUUGGUAAAAAUAGUCAAAUGUACAUAUAAUAUAUUUGAUGAAAUUUUUUGUGAUGACGA